CUCAGUGUGACCUGAAGUUCUUCAUUCCUGCUGAGGGAGCAGCUAUACGGGGUCUCUCCUGGAAGCCAAUCUGAAGAAACAUCCAGCAGCAGGUGUUUUUUCAUUUCCACGUCGAGCUAUGAAAUGGGUGGAGUCAAAAGAAAUAUCCUUCUGUACUCAUUGUGCUGCUGCUAUGUGAUCCCACAGUAUCUUUGUACAGGACUCCAUUCUCAGACUGUGCGAUUUUCAUCUCAAGUUGGUAUUCAUAUGGAGCAGCAGUCUAUGUGCCCUCAGAUAAGCAUUGGGGAGGAUCGUUUCCCAGGAUUUUAUAUUAUGUCCCAGUUCCACAUUGCUGAGCUGGCGAGAAGGGGCACUGUUAAAAAGGUUACUGGAUCAUCUCCUCAGCAUGUUGCAUAUCAAAUAGGCCCAGCGUUCAACUUCAGAAUCAACACACGAUCAGCUUAUCCCCUGGGACUGCCGGAGGAGUUUGCAUUUGUGGCUGUGCUUCGCAUGAGUGCCAGCACCAUAAAUAAAAACUGGAAUAUCUGGCAAAUGCAGGACGUGAAUGGCAACGAGCAGUUGGCUGUCAGACUCAACGGGGAGUCUAAGUCUCUGGAGUUUACCUUCACAUCGCUGGACACUGGGAGACAGAGGCAGACUGUUGUUUUCAGGGCCCUGACUUUCCUUUUCAAUGAUCAAUGGCACAGAGUCCUGCUGGACGUCAGCAGGAGAUCUGUUACCCUUUUUGUGGACUGUGUCAUGAUCGGUUCUCAGAGCAUACCACUGCGACAAAAAGCCAGUCUGGAUGGGUUCACGUUGAUAGGAAAACUCAAAGACAACCCAGUGACGGCAGUUCCGUUUGAACUCCAGUCAAUGCUGAUUCACUGCGAUGUGACGCGAGCCAGGACUGAAGCUUGUUAUGACCUCCCAGCCAGGACAUCGACUGAUGUGACAGAGGUGCAGAGGAGCGAAGGAACUCCUGGCCCUCCUGGACCUGCAGGUGUCCCAGGAAUUGAUGGCAUUGCUGGGGAAAGAGGAGCAGAUGGUGCAGAUGGCCCUCCUGGACCUGAUGGAGAUGCAGGUAAACCCGGCUCUACGGGAUUACCUGGAAUUCCUGGAAACGAUGGUUUGACCGGCCCUAUUGGAGAUCCUGGGCCCGAUGGUCCCCCCGGACAGAAGGGUGAACCUGGACAACCUGGACCUCGUGGGGCAGCUGGUGUUGGGCCAGAUGGACCCCCCGGACCACCUGGGCCUGGAGGACUUCUGGGUGAAGUGGGAAAAGUUGGACCACCUGGGGCCAUGGGUGUGAGAGGGCCACAGGGACCUCGUGGACCAACAGGGCCCAGAGGUGCAACUGGAAUGCUAGGCAGUGCUGACCUGUGUCCAAACUCUUGUCCACCUGGGGCCUCUGGACAUCCUGGUCUUCCUGGCAUGAAGGGCCACAAAGGUGUAAAAGGUGAAGCAGGAGAACCUGGGAAACAAGGACACAAGGGUGAGGAGGGAGACCAGGGAGCUCCCGGAGAGGUUGGAUCCCAAGGACCAACGGGCCCUCAGGGAAUUCGGGGAGCCAUGGGAAUGAUGGGCCCCAAGGGAGAGAUGGGAGCUCGAGGUCCUGAUGGAGAUCCAGGUCCCCAGGGUGUUGGAGGAGCUACUGGGGACCGAGGCCAGAGGGGUGUGAUGGGUGAGCUUGGGCCUAAGGGUGACACGGGUGUGCAAGGAUCAAGAGGAAUCACAGGCGUGCCAGGUCCCAAGGGAGAGGCUGGCUUACCAGGUGUAGAUGGUCGCGAGGGUAUUCCUGGGAUGCCGGGAGCAAAGGGAGCCAUUGGGAAGCCAGGAGUUCCUGGAGAGGUUGGACUUCAGGGGCUUCCUGGUUUGCCUGGUGCACCUGGACCAAAAGGCUUAAGCGGGCCAAAGGGAGAUGCCGGUCAACCAGGUCUGCCUGGAACAAUGGGACCUGCUGGCAAAGCAGGUGAGCGUGGAGAACAGGGAGAGGUGGGACCUGCUGGACCCAUUGGUGAACCUGGAGAUAUAGGACAGCAAGGCCCUGUAGGUCCACCUGGAAAGCCAGGUGCCAGGGGACCCAAAGGCGACCCUGGCCUUCCUGGUCUCCCUGGUCCUCCUGGCCUUCCUGGGGCUAAGGGAGAGCGUGGAGAUCGUGGAGAGGCAGGACCCAAAGGAGAGCAGGGAGUACAAGGUGAUGAAGGAAACCCUGGCGACAAAGGGGAUGCUGGUGAACCAGGAGAACCCGGACCUAAAGGAGAUGGUGGUAACCCUGGCGAGACUGGCAAAAGAGGUCCUGAGGGAAGUCGAGGCCAGCCUGGCAUUGAGGGGCCACCUGGCUCACCUGGACCCCGUGGCAUGCAGGGUAACAGGGGUCCACCUGGAGUCAGAGGGUCCCAGGGACCUGCGGGUAAAGAGCCAAGUGAUCAGCACAUCAAACAAGUUUGCAUGCGAGUCAUGCAAGAACAGCUGGCCCAGUUAGCAGCUAGUUUAAGGAGGCCAGAGUCUGGUGUAGCUGGUUUACCUGGAAAACCUGGACCUCCGGGACCUCCUGGGCCUCCAGGAGACAAUGGCUUCCCUGGACAGGCUGGAUCAAGAGGCCUUCCAGGACUCAAAGGGCCACCAGGACUUAUUGGAGUGAAAGGACCUAAAGGUGAAAUGGGAGACCGAGGCUCCAGAGGGCCCACUGUACGAGGACCUAAAGGUCAGCCAGGACCUCCUGGACUUCCUGGUGAGCCUGGCAAACCUGGCUACGGUCGAGAUGGUCGUGAUGGGCAGAGGGGACCUCCCGGCGUUUCUGGACAGCCUGGUGUGCCUGGGCCUCCUGGUCCAGCCGGUCCUAAUGGUUACUGUGACCCAUCAGCUUGCAACCUCCAGGCAGGGGCCGCCCACCAGUCUCUGGAUGUGAAGGGACCUGCAGGGAACUAAGAGCCACUCUGGCAGAGACAGAAAGACUGUUGGAUUAUCUCUCCUGAGCACACAACAUUUUUCACACUUUUCUUCCCUCGGGCUGCGGUUGGUGUGGUGCCUUCGAUCCAUUAACCUCUAGUCUUGUGAGCAUGUUUUGUGCCAGCCACUUCUCCAUCAGAAGGAGCCAGCACUAAAAAAAAAACAAACUCAAAACGUUGUUUUUAUGUGCUGCAAAAAUCUAGCCCAUUCUGAUGUGUUUUUCUACCUGAGAGAUAUUUUGAUUUAUUCAGGUCAGUGUGUUCACAUUUCUGAGAUGAAAUGACCAGAAAUGUUUGUUUAUCCCACUCUCCUCAAACCUUUCUUUUCCUGUUCUCAUUUACUGCUUUCUCACAUAAAAACAACUCCACUUUCUCACAGAACAUUUCAAAUAAUUACCCAAAGCAAAUCAGGAUAAAGAUUUUGUUUGAUUAAAGUGCAUUUUUUUCAAUUAUUUUGUUCUGUAUGUGCGAAUGUACCAAAGAUACACUGCUGAAUCCUUCUUUUUUAGUAUAUUUUUUGUAAGUCUGUAAGUAAGCCCAGCAGUUCAAAAUAAAAAGGAGAGAGGAUGAAAAUGUCAUCAAGUCACACUGACUUCAGUUUAUGUUGUAAAUCUGUAAAAAAAAAAAAAAAAAUGUUUGAAUUGUGGUUGGUUAAUUAUAUUUCCUACAAAACAACAUGAUGUAAGAUUUUGUCUCAUUGUACAGAAUGACAACAGAGUGCAGCUUUGCAUAAUAUAUUUUAGGAAUGAGGGAAACCCUCAUUAAUUUAAGAAAUAAAGAAAACAACACAA